AUGACUCCGACCGAGACUGUCAACGUUGCACAUGCAACUAACGACACGACACCUGUACGGACCCAGUCAGAGAACGCAUUACAGCGCGCUGUAUCUGCGAGCUACGGAUCCGAAGACAUUCGGGGCAGGUCAAACAUCGUAGCCUCUCGCACAGUCUUACGGGUGGCCGGAGAGCACGAGCUCGACAACCUGACACUUGCCACUCUGCAUGGAUCGGGCAUGAUAUCCGAGCGGCCAUUCGUGUUUGCAGACAAUGACGAAGGCAGUAUCAUGGCAUUCUACCACCUUGGGCGGCGAUUGGCUGGACAUGCAGGCCUGGUCCAUGGAGGUAUGAUUGCUGUGCUGCUGGACGAAUGCAUGGGUAGAGCAUGUUUCCCCAGGCUCGAGGGCAAGAUCGCUGUUACUGCCAAAAUGGAGAUUGCAUACAAGUCGCCGAUGAAGGUAGACUCCGUCAUAGUGAUCCGAGCGUGGACCAAAGACAUUCAGGGUCGGAAAGCCUUUGUUGAAGCUGUCGUGGAGGAUGCAGCCGAGCGGCGGCUGAUCGCGUCCGCGACGGCACUUUUCAUCCAGCCAAAGUGGGCGAGUGAGAUGUCAGCAUGUCUACCAUGA